AUGUCAGUUAAUCCUGCAAACCCACCAAGACCGGCUCUUCGAGCAGCUGACCAGGAAGUUUUUGCACAUAUUACUGCAACACAUAGAUGGCAAGAUAUUAUAAAUAAAGCCAUUGACAAUAUUCGUGAUUCACUUCAUUUUUCGGAAAUUGAUAAGAAUGAAGAAGGAAAAAAAAUUAUGGCCUCCAUGGAAGAAUUAAUAAAUCAAAUUCAAAGAAAAGAUAAAUUAAUUCCGAUCGAAGAUGAUGGAAGGCCAGAUAUCAUAUCAUGGAAUGAUGCCCUAAAUACUUAUUUUAAAGAUGAAAAUUGGUUUACAGCAACCUGGUUAUUCGCCGAAUGUUAUUUAUAUCGUCGAAUAAUUUCAAUAAUUACAAAUACAAAACAUUGGCAAAAUUAUGAUCCUUAUUUCCGUCAAAAAGAAGAUGCUUUUAGAGUAUCCUUUUCAUCAAUAAUUGAAUUUUCAAAACGUAUUGAUGAAUUAAUUUCUUCACAAAAAUUAAAAAUUAAUGAUAGAAUAAUUUUUUAUGAACUUGCUCAAAUUUCACUUUGGGGAAAUGCAACUGAUUUAUCUAUGUUACCAAAUUUUGGGUUUGAAUUAUAUGGAGAUUUAAUUUUUUCGGACUGGUUAAUCCAAUCAGGAUACGUAUCUCAAGUUUAUUUACAUAUAAAACCAAUUCCGUGGUUCGUUUCAGACACAACACUAGACGAUUUCAAAUGGUUACUUAAAACACUUAAAAACAAUGAUUUUUUUUCAUCAGCUUCUGAAAUUGAAAAACGUUCUCUCGAAAAACUUGUUGAUCGUUGGCAAUCAUAUAUAACUAAUUCAAAAUGGAUUAUUACCUCGGAUUUUUUUUGGACUUCUCCGUAUUCUUUUUGGCAUUUGGAAGAAAAGGCUCCUGAACUUUAUGCUGAUUUAUGUAAAUCUCACCUUGUUAUAUUUAAAGGUGAUUUGAAUUAUAGAAAAUUAGUUUACGAUUGUAAAUGGGAGACUGUUACUCCUUUUAAAAAAGCUAUCGGUCCAUUGGCAAAUUCGAAAAAUGCUCCUCCAUUGUUAUCUUUGAGAACAGGAAAAUCGGAUGUAUUUGUAGGACUUGAUGAUGGGGUUGAAAAAAAAUUAGGCUCUGAUAAAAGUUGGAUGUAUUCUGGGAAAUAUGCGGUUAUUCAAUUUAGUGAAGGGAAUAAAUAA